CCAUGUUUUCAUAUAGAUAGCUUAUUGAGGAGUUUUUCUUUUAAGCUUUCUGAGAAUGUAGUUUAUUAGAUGAUUCUCAUUCCAAUUGUUUUAUUUUGCUGAUUUCAGGUUUUACCACAAAGAAGGAAGCUGUACUGACUACAAACACACUCUACUAUACACCUAUUGGAGAGUCUGAUUUGCCAUGGGGAAUUGAGGAGCCUAAACUUAAUGGACAUGUUGAGGUUCCUAGUUGGAGACUUAGGGUUUAUACUAGCUGCUAUACAAUGGAGGGCACUGAGAAUUUAGAUGAUGAAGUCUUCAAUAAGCGACAUCAGAGGCUAGAGAUAGACGAACGAAGAAGAAAAAGAUGGGAUGUGCAACGCAUUCGUGAACAGCGUCAGGUGGAAAGAUUGAAACUGCGAGAGAUGGCAUCAGCAAGGAGAGGUAGUGGAGGAAGCAGUGGUCGUCACAGUGAUGGAGAAGAACCCCUUAGUUCUUUAUGGCCACAGCUAGAUGAUGCUGAGUACCUGGAAAUCACUGAAAGCGUACCUGUUGCUGCUUUUGGUCUUCCAAUUACCAAGUUUACAGUAAGUGAAUUCUCUUUGCCUUGGUUAACAUCAACACGGUGUAAAACUCCAAGUCACACAUCAUCACGGAAAAGAGGAGAAAACAAGAGAUAGCUUUGAGUGUAAUUACCGUAACUUCACUGUCCUGAUUUUAAUAUUAAAUUCUACUUGAAGACCAAGUUUGUAAUUACUAUAAUUUUUCUAUAUAAAAAAUUAAUUUUAUUGCUCGAGAAAAUCAAGCAUUUAUCAGAGAUUAUGAAUAGAAUGGAUAGAAAUUACAUGAAAAUAUGUUCUUUUAAUUUAUUUUUAUAGAACUUAAAACACCAUUACAUCUUCAGGGCUUCUGAUAUUACAGUUUUUAAGAACCUCAUUCCAUUCCAGUAUUCAACAUUUUACACUCAACACAGAAUUUGUGAGUUUAUGUUCAAUUUGUUUAACUAGGGAAGGAAAUGAAUUGAUCACCAUUUCAUGCUGUGUGUUAAUGGAUCAUCCUGCUUGGCUGUACAUUUUCAGUAUCAGUUUCAGAGAGCUUUAUAUCUGGUAUGAUCUUGGUCCCUUUUAAAAAGUAAUUUAUGUGAAAAUAUAUAAGUCCACUUUCCUUUUUUGAAAGUACUGUACUGUUUCAUGCAUUAUGUCUAUUGUGAAGCAAAUUUAGGAAUCUCAUCUGCUCAAUAUAAUCUAUAGGCUGUAAUUAAUUCUAAGUACGGGAGUUUGCUUUGCAUCACAUUUGGAUUCUGCGAGCAUAUCCAAAACAUAUGACGUACAUUAAUUUGUUAUUCCUUAAAAGGAUUUUCUAUAUAUAUACCAAAUAUGACCUCUGAUAAAUUCUUGUUCACCUCAUCAUUUUGAGCUCUGAUAUGCCCAUAUAGUAUCUUACAUUUGAAGUUAUCUUUGCAUUAAUAAAUAUGUCAGAAAUUGUACAAAUUGUGAAUCAGUUGUUAAACUUUAUCAGUGUUACAUGUUUUCUGUGAUAUGAUGCUGAAUUUAGAGAUGUAAACAUUAUACUGAUAGCUGGCAAUGUAAUGUAAAUAAAAGUCAAAGUGAUACAGGGAAUCUCUCCAGAGGCUUCUGGAAGGAAUUA